GCAUUGUUUUUGAUUAUUAUUAUAACUUAUUUAUGAAUAAACAGCAAUUGCUAAAACGCCGUUCAUUACUAAAGAACGCGAUUUCUCCUUUACGUGACAAGAAUUGAUGAAGACUACCAGACUGUGAGAUGUAUGCACUUUACAAACAGACUCACCCUCCCACAGGGAUAGAACAUUGUGUCUACUGUAACUUUUUCAACACAUCUGAAAGAAAUCUUGUCAUUGCUGCAGUGAACCAGCUGGAUGUUUACAGACUUAUUCCAGAGAUUGAUGAUGAUGAAAAUCCUGACAAAUGGACAGAGAGCAAGAGAAAGCAGAAGCUGGAGAGCGUGGCAACAUUCAGCCUGUUCGGAAAUAUUAUGUCAAUGCAGUUUGUCAAACUUCCAGGGGCACAUCGAGAUGCUCUGCUUCUCAGCUUCAUGGAUGCAAAGCUGUCGGUAGUGGAGUAUGACCCUGGUACACACGACCUCCAAACAACCUCCCUCCACUACUUUGAGGAAUCUAUCAUGAAGGAUGGUUUCUCUACCAACUAUGAUAUACCAACAAUUCGUGUAGAUCCUGAUGGUCGAUGUGCAGCCAUGUUGAUAUAUGGAAAUCGACUGGUAAUUCUGCCUUUCAGAAGGGAUGCCUUGAUGGAGGAAACUGAAAAUGUAGUUGGUGCAAGUAAAUCCCCCAUCAUGUCUUCAUACAUCAUUGACCUACGACAAUUUGAUGAGAAGAUACCAAAUGUGAAGGACUUCCAAUUUCUCCAUGGUUACUAUGAGCCUACUGUUUUCAUUUUGUAUGAACCCUUGCAGACAUGGACUGGACGUACAGCGGUCCGAGCUGACAGCUGUAGCAUCGUAGCCAUCUCAUUGAACAUACAGGAGCGAGUACAUCCCAUCAUCUGGUCGCUGGCCAGUCUACCCUUUGACUGUCAUCAUGUCAUGCCUGUUCCUCGACCCAUUGGAGGAGUAUUGGUGAUGGCUGUCAACUCUCUCUUGUAUCUCAACCAGAGCGUUCCUCCAUAUGGAGUGGCCCUUAACAGUAUUGCACACUCCAGUACAGCAUUCCCUCUCCGUUCACAGGAGGGAGUAAGGAUUACACUGGACUGUGCUGAAGCUGCCUUCAUGUCCUAUGAUCGACUCAUUCUUUCUUUAAAGGGAGGUGAAUUGUAUGUACUGACUUUGGUGGUUGAUGGGAUGAGAAGUGUGAGGAGCUUUCACUUUGACAAAGCAGCAGCCAGUGUCCUUACCACCUGUAUGUGUGUGUUGGAUGAUGGCUACUUGUUGCUGGGCUCUCGUCUGGGGAACUCUCUACUACUGCGUUACACAGAGAAGGUGGCUGAUGCAGACCAUACAAAUGGCGAGAACAAGAAUGAGCCUCCGACAAAGAAAAAGAAGACAGAUGGAACAACAGAUAUGGCCUCAGAUGUGACCCAGGUCGAGAACUUGUAUGACCUUGAGGUGUAUGGUAGUGCAGAGAACCCAUCUGGAACCAUGAUCACCAGUUACUCAUUUGAGGUGUGUGAUAACAUUUGGAACAUUGCCCCCUGUGGGCAGUGUGUCAUGGGAGAACCAGCCUUCUUGUCUGAAGAGUUCGCAGGCAAUCCUGACCCCGACCUUGAACUUGUGACUACGUCCGGAUAUGGGAAAAAUGGAGCUCUGUCUGUUCUUCAGCGGAGCAUCCGACCCCAAGUUGUUACAACAUUUGAGCUGCCAGGCUGUGUGAAUAUGUGGACAGUGAAGGGAACCCUUCCAACUGAUACACCACUUAAGACACCAGCUGCUGACGAGGAGGAGAAAGAGGAUAAGGAAGAGACAAAGGAAGACAAGGACGAGAUAGAGAAUGGUCAUGCCUUCCUCAUCCUCAGUCGUACAGACUCCAGUAUGAUCCUUCAGACUGGUCAGGAAAUCAUGGAGCUUGAUCAUAGUGGUUUUAGUACACAGACAGCCACCAUCUUUGCUGGCAACAUCGGAAAUGAUAAGUACAUCAUCCAAGUGUCCGCAACAGGCGUGCGAUUACUGGAGGGAGUAAAACAGAUCCAACAUAUCCCUGUAGACAUUGGCUCACCUCUUGUCCACUGCUCACUAGCUGACCCCUAUGUACUACUUAUGGCAAGUUCAGGUCAGAUUGCAAUGCUGACCAUGAAGGAGGACAUCAAUGGUGUUCGUCUGGUCACUACUCGGCCUUCAGUAUCACAGCAUUCCCGACUCCUGACCCUGUGUUUAUAUAAAGAUCUGAGUGGAAUGUUUACUACCAUGACAACACAGUUCCAGGAGGAAGUGGAGACAACUACAGAUACCAAAGAGAUGAAACCAUCCACAGAGAAGGCUUUUACACUGGACACAGAUAAUAUUGAUGAUGAAGAUGAACUUCUCUAUGGAGAGACUGACACGUCUGUGUUUACAUCAUCGUUUGAUAUCAGUAUGCGGUCCGAGUCUGAAGGUCCAAAGAGGGAAGCCAAGAGCAGUGCUAUCAGUCCCACCUACUGGGCACUCAUGUGUCGGGAAAAUGGCGUAUUAGAGAUAUACAGUGUACCAGAUUUUAAGAUGAGCUACUAUGUCAAAAACUUUCCAAUGGGUCAGAAGAUCUUAGUAGACAGUGUUCAGAUGACUGAUAAAGUCAGCACCAGUGGUAUGGGCAUGCCGGGUGGCGAACGCCAGGAGAAAAUUGUGGGAGACAUGCCAAACAUUAAGGAGCUGUUAAUGGUUGGCCUAGGAUAUCGUAACUCUAGAUCUUUCCUGUUUGCUCGAGUGGAUGAUGAGUUUUACAUCUACGAAGCAUUUCCUUUCCAUCAAACGCCUGUGGAGAGUCAUUUGAAGCUGCGGUUUAAGAAAGUUCAACACAAUGUGAUUCUACGAGAGAGAAGGACAGCAAAGUACAAACGAAAAAUGGAUCCAGAAGAUGGAGAGGAAUCUCUACAAACCACAGACACUACCAUGCUUCAUUAUUUCAGUGAUCUGGCAGGCUACAAUGGGGUAUUCAUUUGUGGAGCUUACCCACACUGGAUAUUUAUGACAACCCGAGGCUGUCUUCGUAUACAUCCAAUGGGAAUUGAUGGCAGGGUCACUUGUUUUUCACCUUUCCAUAAUGUUAACUGUCCAAAAGGCUUCCUCUACUUCAAUGGGCUGGGAGAGCUGAGAAUCAGUGUACUACCCACUCAUUUGACGUACGAUUCUCCAUGGCCCGUGAGGAAAGUGCCACUACGCUGUACUCCCCAUUUCAUAGCUUAUCACCCCGAGAGUAAGAUUUAUUCAGUGGUACAUAGUGUACCAGAACUGUGUAAUUACUUGCCAAAGCCAUCAGAGGAGAGAGAGUUUGAUGUGAUAGAGAAAGAUGAGAGGUUUGUGUAUCCAAACAUGAAGCGAUUUAUAGUACAACUCUAUAGCCCCACAUCCUGGGAGGUAGUACCAAACACAAAGAUUGAAUUGGACCAAUGGGAGCAUGCCACCAUCAUGAAAUGUGUGUCACUGAAGUCUGAGGGAACUCUAACCGGGUACAAGUCCUAUGGAGUGAUUGGGACCACAGUGUGUUAUGGGGAGGAGGUGCAAUGUAGAGGCAGGAUAUUGAUUUAUGACAUCAUAGAAGUUGUGCCAGAACCUGGUCAGCCUCUCACCAAGAACAAAAUCAAGGUUGUAUAUGCUAAGGAACAGAAAGGACCAAUCACAGCUCUAGCUCAUAUAUGUGGUCUUCUAGUCACUGCUAUAGGACAAAAGCUCUACAUCUGGCAGUUUAAGAAUGAUGACUUGGAGGGUGUGGCUUUCAUUGACUCUUACAUCUUCAUCCACAAUCUGGUUACUGUGAAAAAUCUCAUCAUGGCCUCAGAUCUCCUCAAGAACAUCAACAUUUACCGGUACCAGGAGGACUUUAAAGUCCUAUCGCUGGUCAGCAGGGAUGUGAAGCCAUCUGAAACCUAUGCAUCUCAAUUCCUCAUUGACAACAGCUUACUGUCUUUUGUGGUGACAGACAGUCUGAAGAAUAUCAUUGUUUAUACCUAUCAACCUGAAGCCAGAGAAAGUCAUGGAGGACAUAGGUUGGUGAGAAAAGCCGAAUUCAAUGCAGGAUCACAUAUCAACACAAUGUUCCGUGUACGAUGUCGCAUCCGCGAACCGGGAACAGACAGGAGGAUGACCGGAGCUGUAGAAAAAAGAAACAUUACCUAUUUUGCCACUUUGGAUGGUGGUUUGGGCUUCCUGUUGCCUGUGUCGGAGAAGGUGUACAGACGUUUGUUCAUGUUACAGAACGCCCUUACAACACAACUACCUCACCUGGCUGGCUUAAAUCCCCGUGCUUACAGAACAUUAAAGCAGUCUUGUCCAGAACUGAGAAAUCUACAGAAAAACAUCCUUGAUGGAGAACUUCUAUGGAAGUAUCCAAACCUGAGUGUCAUGGAAAAAACAGAAAUUGCUAAAAGAAUUGGAACAUCAGCAGAUCAGAUCUUAGAAGACUUGAUGGAAACAGACAGAUUGACAGCACAUUUUUAAAGACUGGACAUGCAGUGAUGUUGACAUAUGAGCAUGAGAAAGACCACAUAUUUUUGUGAUGACUUUUUUCCUAGAUUGAAAGUAAUGUUAUGCAUCAAACUAGUUACCAAAAUUUGGAAAAUAGAAAACAUGGUUUGUGUCAUUCACAAAAAGGUACAAAAAUGAAUAAUUAAAUCUCUUGUCAGAUCUAAGAAAUCUUUAAAGUUUGAAAAAUUUCAAACUUAAUAACAUUUCAAAUAGUUAUAAAAUUGGUUGUUAUGACAACCAUUUCAUUACUCUUCAUUUCCAGAUUUCAUUUAUUUGUUCUGCAUUGUUAUCCAUCAAUCGUUCAUCAUUUCAAAGUGAGUGAGAGAAUGUGUAUGAAUGUUAAAUGAUUUAGAUUGAACAAAAUAUUCUGUCAUAUACUUUCCUAUAUAAGAAUUAGUAUUUGUCAAA